UCCGGGCGGUGGGGCUGGGCUGGGGUCGGGGCGCCGGCGUUGGUGGUAGCUGCCGGGGUGAAGGCGGGAAGAUGGGGCUCCUCUCAGACCCCAACCACCGGCAGGUCCUGACCGACAUCAUCACCAGGAUGAACGCACCGCUCUGCCUCCUGUGCUACGUGGCAGGCAUCACGUGGUUCCUGGGCCUGGCCUUCGAGCCCUUCAUCCUGCGCAUGUACACGUCGGAGAACGCCAUGGGCUCCACCAUGGUGGAUGAAAACUUUGUCUUCGGCGACAGAGCCCUCUCCUACGCUCGCGAGCUCUCAGGCCACCGCAAGCGGGCAGCGGGGAUGCCCGUGGACUGGCUGCUGAAGACGAUGAGCGGCCUUGGGCUGGAGACCCACGCCCACAGCUUCUCCCGCACCCUGCCCUUCCCCGACGAGAUCCGCGAGAGAUACAUGGUGAAGGGCACCAACGUGUACGGCAUCCUGCGGGCGUCGCGGGCGGCCAGCACCGAGUCCAUCGUCCUCAGCACGCAGGUGGAGAUGAAGCACAACAGCCAGGCAGCCGGCCUGCUCCUGGCACUCGCAUCCUACUUCCGAGGUCAGAUCUACUGGGCCAAGGACAUCAUCUUCCUCUUCAAUGAGCACGACAUGAUAGGCAUGGAGGCCUGGCUCGAGGCCUACCACGACGUUAACGUUACAGAGAUCAGCUCGUCGGCAAUGCAGGGCCGGGCUGGCACCAUCCAGGCCGCCAUCACCGUGGAGAUGAGCAGCGACGUCGUCACCAGCUUCGACAUCAGCGUGGAGGGGCUGAACGGCCAGCUGCCCAACCUCGACCUGGUCAACCUCUUCUCAUCCUUCUGCCAGAAGAAUGGCGUCCUCUGCACCAUCCAGGGCAAGCUGCCGCGGUCAGAUGUGGACACAUUGGAGGGGUACCUGCACUCGUUGCACACGCUGCUGCUGAUGGUGCUGAAGCAGGGCUCGGGCAAGGCCCAGGGAGACCACGGCCUCUUCCUGCGCUACCACAUCGAGGCCGUCACCGUCCGCGGCAUCAACAGCUUCCGCCAGUACAAGUUCGACAUGGUCACCGUGGGCAAGCUGUUUGAGGGGAUGGUGCGGAAGCUCAACAACCUGCUGGAGCGUCUCCACCAGUCGUACUUCUUCUACCUGCUGCCCAGCCUCACCCGCUUCGUCUCCAUCGGCCUCUACAUGCCCGCCUUCAUCUUCCUCCUCCUCAUCCUCCUGCUCACCGCUCUCGACCUGUGGAUCAAACUGUCCAAGGGGAGCAGCAGUCAGAAGGAGCCAAUGGAGGAGGUACGGAGGGAUGCGCGCCCCGGGUUGCUGACGAUGGUGACGCCGCUGCUGAUCAGCCACGCCAUGGGGCUGGCCCUGUACUUCGUGCCCCUCCUGUGCCAGGGCACCGCCACUGAACACUUCCCCGUUUCCGAGACCGAGGCCGUGGUCCUCACCUCCAUCGCCAUCUACGUGGCCGGCCUCGCCCUGCCCCACAACACACAGAGGGAUCUCCCUGCGCCUGUGACAGAGCGAGGGUGGAUGGAGCUGAAGCUGAUCGCCGUGCUCUACCUGGCCAUGCUGCUGGGGGGCAUCACCCUGGUCAACUUCUCCCUGGGCUUCAUCCUGGCCGUUACCCUGGUGCCCGCUGCCGCUGUGGCCCAGCCCGCACCCUACAAGGCACUAAGUGCGUUGCUGCUGCUGCUGAUGUCCCCUGCGGUGGUGCUGCUCCUGUGCAUCUCUCUGUACCACCACCUGCUGGAGACGCCGCUGUCGGUGCUGGAGUGCUGGCAGCUCUUCCUGCACGCUGUGGCUGACUCCAUCCUGGACCACCACCUGUACCGGGCCAUCACCUACCCCUUCCUCGUCCUCUUCAUCUACCCCUGCUGGCUGCUGCUCUGGAACGUCGUCUUCUGGAAGUGAGGGGAGAAUCUCCCCCCACCCUGG